AUGCUUGGACAUUACACACACACACACACACACUCACACACACACACACACAGAAAGAGAGAGAGAUGAGCUCUGUCUUUGAACCGGAAUCGUUGAAUUUCAUGCACUGGAUUUGAGCAGCCACAGAUUCUGGCUCCUUAUGAGGAAGAAAAUCUCGAAAGCACCUUGUCUCCUCUUGAGUCUGUUCACAAGUUUAAAUCUCUGCUCUGGAAACUUUGGGACGGCAAUAACUGAUGAUGUGAGCAAGCUGUCAUUAUUGAAGCAGAAUAUCCCCUCUGAUUAUGAAAUUCCCGUCAGUUACAUUCCCAAAGAAGUGGCUGGCACGUGCUGGGUGGUAUUGAAUAUCUAUCCUUUAGAGCAAAGUCUCCGGAAGCUGGCCAAUAUGUUUGGUGCCAUCUCCUCCAACAAAGAAAACAUAAUCGUCUUCAUUGCAAUGCUGAAGAGCUUACGUUUCACCUUGAACCAUGAGGAACUGGAAACCGCGAUGCAAGUCUUCCAGUGUCACUACCGGGAAGGGAGCUUAAUGUCUGGUCUUUACUUUGACUACAUCAGAGACGUCCUCCAUGCUGCUUCUCAAGAAACAUCCAGCUUCUCGUGCAGGCCGCCGCCAUGCCUUAAUACACAGCAAACACCAGGGGGCCAGGAAGACGGUCGUAAAUACAGCUGGUCGAAGAGGACGCCCUUGCUCCUGGCUCUCAUCCCUUUUAUAGCCUGUGUUGUUCUCAUCGUUUGGCAGGUCAAGUCUGGAAGGCGUUUACCAGCGUGCAACACUGAAAAUAACCAAAUGGCCCCCUCUGACAUGAUCCCAAGUGUGUCUGUCUCCAUCCCACUUCAAACACUCGCCCACGCUGCUGACACUCAGCCAGCGGGGGAGGCGACACCUGAGCAUGAGAGUGGAUGAAACACAAACACGUUUUGAACAACUCACUCUCCAGGUUGGUCUGCCAUUGGCAGCAGCCUGCUGGAUACACGAGCGCGGUGCGACACUCUCCCUCUGCUUUCAGUCACCUGAGCGCUUGGACUGGAAGUACAGCACAAAACUCCCCUGCUGUGAAGGAGGGGUGUGUCGCAAAAAUUCCUCGGGCAUUUCUAACACCUAACCACGCAACGAGAUGUCUUUUUUUUGUUAGGGGGCAGAGGACAGAACUCUUUACACAUUGGCUGCCAGAUGGCUGGGGAGGGUUAACUAAUCGUCCCACCUUGGCCAGUGUUUAACAGCAGUUGGCCGGCCUGCUCCGAGCAGACCUCGUCGAUUGAAUUUUCUUUCCUGCCACUCUGCACUGGUGCCAUUCAGGGUGUUCACGGGCUCCAGUUUUGAGCUGCAAUCAAAAGUGUUGCCGGCGCCACAGAUCAAAAUUGUAUCACACUGUUUGGACGACAUCACUUCCCUCUGAGAUGGGUCGCGCGCAAUCAACUUGUAGGCUGGUUACAGAGACUGUCCCGUCACUGCUGUCGAAUCAACACAACGGUCUUCAAGAUCAAUCCCAUCCUGCUCCGGGUGUCUCCCUGAAAAGCAUUAAUGGGAUUAAUGAAAUGUAAAAAAACAAAAACUGACAUGCAACAGCAGCCUGUCUGUUGACGUGAGCACGAUCUGUCACGAACAACACCGAGUGCAGUUUAACAACAGCGUCCCACUUUGUGUAUCAAAGAUCUGACCAGAUGGCGGAUAGCCAUCGCCGGAGGCACUUUGAAUCCCGUCAUUGUAUCUCAAAGCUGUUGCCCAGUGAUCUAUAGCUGCUACUCGGCCACAGUGAGUGUGUUAGAGUUUUUAAUGUCUCAUCCACUGAGUCAAUCACGUUCAGUCAUGGGAACAUGACUCCCCGAGUGCGUGAGUGCUCGCGUACUGAAUGUGUCAGAGCGAGGGGAGCGGGAGACGGGACGGGCAGGAUGAGAGCAAGUGAGGGAGAUAGGGAUAGAUAGAUGGGUGGACGGAUGAGCUCAGCGAGGAGCAUAAGGAGCGCUUGUUCUCGUCACAAAGGAACUGGCCGUAGGCUGGAGGAAAUGCCAGUUACAAACACGACUGAUGUCGGCAGAUCCCUAUGAAUCAACAGGCGAAGAAUCUUUCCAGACCGCAGGCUAAGUGGCCUCAUCUGCAGAGGAUGGUUAGUAUUUCAAUAACAAUUUUCUGUGUUCCGAAUGAUUUACUCCCAAAACACACCGAAGAAAUGUGGAAAGAUCCCUUUUAUUAAAAUGUUUUCCUGUUGCAGACAGAGUCUACAAGUUUUAAUGUUGUUCGUUGUCUUCUAAGUGACCAACGUGUAUGAUUUUUUGUUUUUGUACUGUGGGAAAAUGCAUAUUUCUACUGUGUGAAAUAUUUAACUUAUUUUGUUACAAGAUAAACCACUUACUAAAUGUAAUUAACAUUGUCCACAAUGAUGUAGAGGAGGUAGACAAAAUACUGUGAACACUCAGGGAAACUACAAUAUUGCUGUGAAGUAACUCUGAAGUAUGUAAAUCAUCAGGGCGAAUAUUUCUAACAGUGGGUUAUAUUGACUUGGAUGCCAAUAGGUGCAUUCAUCACACCCCUGUCUACAUGCCUGUUAUUUAUCGUUUGCUUAUUUCCACUUCUGAUUAAUUUCUCUUUGUUUUAUUGUGAUUUAAGUGACUUUCUUUUACAUGUUUUUCUAUUUGUUUUUGGCUGAAUCAUAUUGAGCCAUUUGCCAUUUUAUUUAAUUGUGAAAACUCCUAAGAAAAAGUUUGAUUGUUACAUGUUUUAUAGAUGGCUAAUUGGCAUUCAAAUGAAUUUCUAAUGACCCACAUUUUUAACAGUUUUGUAACAGUGAUUCGGUCAAUUUUCUGAAAAAAAACAAACAAUGUUGGUUGAAACGUUGACAUUAUUUUGUCUACUCCCUGCCUGUGGCCUAUGAGCAAAAUUAUGCUGUCAGUGUUAUGUGUAUCCUGUUAGUAUUUGUCAAUAAUAUAAAGAUAUAUCGAUAUAAUGUUUCCUGUUAUUACUGCUGGUCAGAGUCUGAAUCUUUCCUUCUGUUCAACUUCUGGAAGACAUGUUGUGAAAUAUCAGGUCUCCAUUAUCAGGAUUUUAGAAUGUAAGAUUCCUUUACUCAAGCCUCCCUGACAUUAAAGGGGAGACACAAAUUCACUGAUUUCUUUAUUUUAUAAUGACAUUAAUAUAAUGUUUGGUGUUUACAUUUGUAGUAAUAAAAACUGCAUUUAUGGUUUUCAUGCUUCACUGGGAGCAAUGAUGUGAGGC